GAACUCUAACAAAGAUCAUAACAGAUUGCGUGGAAUUAGUUUGUUUGCGUUGCAUAAGAGAUACCUAUAGUUUUAUCAUUAUAUUUCAACAUAAUAAAAGCGACUUCUCGGCUGUGAUUGUUUGAUAUGGACCACAGUGAAGCCAUGAGUGAAGUUAACUACGCAGCCAUUCUACAUGGACCUAACGAUGUUAGGAUUGAAAAAUGGCCGAUGCCGGAGAUCAAUGAUAAUGAAGUGCUGAUAAAGAUGGAGUGUGUGGGCGUAUGCGGGUCCGAUGUGAAGCUGUGGUCCACGGGCAAGUGUGGCUGGGACGUGCUCACGGAGCCUAUAGUCAUCGGCCAUGAGGGAGCAGGUGUUGUUGCCAAGGUCGGAGCCAACGUUCGUGACCUACACGUGGGAGACAGAGUAGCCAUCGAACCGACGCAGCCAUGUCGCGCUUGCACGUUUUGCCGCACGGGCCGCUACAACCUUUGUCCUGAGCCACGCUACUGUUCGUCGCUAGGCGCUGACGGCAACUUGGCCUCGUACUAUAAGCAUCUUCCGGAUUACUGCCAUAAGAUGCCCUCAAACCUGUCGAUGGAAGAAGGCGCCGCAGUGCAGCCGCUAGCGAUCGCCAUCCACGCGUGCAAUCGUGCCGGCAUCCGGCUCGGACAUCGCGUGGCCAUCUUUGGUUCCGGGCCUGUUGGCUUACUGUGUGCUAUGGCCGCACGAGCGAUGGGGGCCAGCAAGAUCCUCAUGACAGAUGUAACCCCAAAAAGGCUGGAAGUAGCCAAAGCCCUGGCCGCGGACCACACUCUACUGGUGGAAAACUCCUUUUCCGACCAGCAGACAGCUGAUAAAAUAGAAGAAAUGCUUGGCAACCGUCCUGAUGUCAGCAUCGACGCGUGUGCGUUCCCGUCUGCCACAAGAGCUGCUAUGUUGGUGACGGCGACGGGCGGCGUGGUGCUGAUAGUGGGUAUCGGCGGCGCCAGUGUCGAAGUACCGCUCAGUAACACCAUGCUGAGAGAAGUGGAUAUACGCGGCUCCUACCGGAUCGCUAAUACGUACCCGGCCGCCAUAUCGGCGGUGUCAAGCGGCGCCAUCGACUUGAAGAAGUUCAUAACGCACCACGUGCCGCUCGCCGACACGCAACGCGCUUUACAGCUCGCGCAGAGCGGGGAGGGCAUGAAGGUUAUAGUUCAUGUGCAAAAGUAAUCAAGGCCUAUCACUGUAUGUCGAUCUGAGGAUUUGAUGGGUGAAUCUACAUUUUUGUGUCACUCGUUGCCAUGGGUUAGUUGUCCAGGCCAAAAACAACCCUAAAAAAAUCAUGAUUUUAUGGUUUACAAAUUUACCAAACCUACAUAUUUGUGGUAUAAGCUUUGUUCACAAUGGGUAGAAUGUGAUACUUAUGUGUACAUUUCUUUUAACAAAACAAACUGUGCCACUCUACCAACAACACAAAAAACUAUAUCCAUCCUGAUAUCAAUCGAUGUUGUAAAUAGAAGCGUUAGUUAAGUAAAAAUCGAUUUAAUAUUGUGAUGGCGGAUGCGGCAAUGGUGCGCAAGCGAGACAGCGCUUUGAACGUAAAUACUGCUGUUUCGCUCACACACUACUUGAAUAAAUGGCACUUAGAAAAUUAAACGCUUUUAAUAGUACAUUACGAUACAAGUGCGAAAAAUAGGAAAAUCUCGUGUCGAUUUAAAACACUCCCUUCGGUCGUGUUCUAAUUUAUCGCCACUCGUUUCGAAUCACCUAUUCGCACAUGUAUCGUACAGUACACACGUUUUACAGUACAUAUGGCUCUUUAAAUGUUCGACACAGUAAUGUAAUAUGCAAAUUUUCACACUAGUGCUAUAAAGUAGCACCAUAUGUAUGUAUGUAAAAUGUUUAAAAAAUGUUACAACAUAAUCAAAUAGUUUUUUUCCCCUACUUAGGCAACAAUUUAUUAAAGCAGCAUUUUUAUAACAUUAGCCAAUUGAGGCGCAGAAACAUUACUUUUGCACUAGUAAUAAAAGAUUCAAGAAUAAAUUAUAUAAAAAUAUUUAUUCGAUCAUACUUAAAACUAAGGCAUACUCAUACUGACAUUUUGAAUUGUUAUCAUCGGUGGAAAUAAUUGUAAAACAUUUUUUAUAAUAAAAUUAAAAAUCAGUCAAU